GCACUAGGCCAAUCCACGUACUCUCCAAUCGUUGCUUCCUGCACCCUUUUCCUGUAUUGUGUUUUUUUCUUUGAGAGUGUGCUUGUUUUGUACCCUCCAAUGACACAAUGGCUCUUUCCUCCUUUUUCCGCAGUCCCGUUCUAGUCUUCACAACUUCUAUCGUCUUGCGCGCCGUUUUCCUCGUUUAUGGUUUGUGGCAAGAUGCGAAUUCUCCAAUGAAGUACACGGAUAUCGACUACUAUGUCUUUACUGAUGCAGCACGCUACAUCUCCCGAGGCCAACCACCAUAUGCCAGAGACACGUAUCGUUAUACGCCCCUCUUGGCAUGGCUCAUCUAUCCUACUGUAUGGUCCGGAAAAUUCUGGUUUUCUUUUGGAAAGAUUCUCUUCGCUGUUGGAGAUGUGGCUACCGGAUGGAUGAUGUUCCGCAUCCUGAAGGAGUAUAAGAAAAUGGCAGACGAGAGAGCUCUAAAAUUUGCAAGCAUUUGGCUACUAAACCCUAUGGUAGCUACCAUAAGCACAAGAGGUAGCUCCGAAGGACUGCUUGGAGUGUUUGUCACCGCACUUUUGUGGGCAGUGUUGGCGAAAAAGGUGCCGCUGGCUGGUUUUUUACUAGGAUUCGCGGUCCAUUUCAAGAUAUACCCAUUCAUCUACGCAGUCUCUAUCGUCUGGUUCCUCGACGAGACCCGAUUCCAAUCCGCGAGAUCGGCCGCUUCGCAACCUUCGCGAUCACUGUUUGGCCAGAUUCAGACCUUCAUCACUCUACCUAGGUUGUCCUUGGCCUUUUACAGUCUCCUCACGUUCACUGUCUUGAAUCUUGCUAUGUACCAGAUAUAUGGUUGGCCGUUCCUUGAGCAUAGCUAUCUCUAUCACUUGAUCCGUAGUGAUCAUCGCCAUAACUUCUCGCCAUACAACACAUUGUUAUAUCUCAAUUCUUCGCCAAAUCCAUCGGGCCUUGAAUCAGACUCAGCAUCCUUUGAGCUGGAGCGCCUCGCAUUUCUUCCGCAGCUGCUGCUCAGCGCUGUUUUCAUCCCACUUGCGUUGGCGAAAAAGGAUCUACCAAACACAAUGCUAGCGCAGACCUUUGCUUUUGUCACUUUCAACAAGGUUUGCACAAGUCAAUACUUUCUCUGGUACAUGAUGUUCCUCCCAUAUUACCUUCCACAAUCAACCUUGCUACAAUCAGCCCCUAUUGGCAUCGCUGCUAUUGUUGCUUGGAUCGCUGGCCAAGCCGCCUGGCUUCAACAAGGCUUUCAACUUGAGUUCAACGGUCAUUCCACUUUUUUACCGGGUCUUUGGUUGUCUAGCAUUCUCUUCUUUCUCGUCAACGCUGGUAUCCUCAGUAUCAUCAUUUACGACACUAAACAGAAGCCAACACAAAACAAUAUUGUACAAGGGAAAAAGAAACAAUAGUCAAGCUAUGUAUCCACAUUUUGAUGUAUCUCCAAUCGGAUGUUCCCGUCGUCUUAUUCAAUGAAUAUGUUGAGUCCCGUGU